CUAUAUUCGGAAAAAGACAUUUUUGCUUUAGUAUAUAAAUGACAAUGACAGUUGGUUGAUCACAAUUAGUAAAGCCACUUUAAACUUCUCAACAACAUGAAAUUUUUAGGAGUUUUUGUUGUUCUCUUCAUCCUGCAAACAAUUGGAGGUCAGGAAGUCGAUAAAAAGCAUCAUACUCCCGAUCACAUUGAAGAUCAACAGGAUCAAGUGCAAAAUAAUGACAUUGGAAACAACCAACAAUCUCAGGUUACACAACAACUACCUACAGCAGAAAAACCCAACUCAAACAAUCAAAUACAACCUACGCAUGAGCCUUCUCAAGUAUCAGUAGAAAUUCCCGCUAAAGUUCAACAAGUUGUUACUCAAGUCUCUCAACAUAUACCCGAAGACUUGACACAACAACUUGCCAAUGGAAAUCGUGUUGUGCGCUCACUUCAGAAUCGUCGUAACUUGCAAAGCAUGGAUUUGAAAGGACUUCGUAAAUGUGAUUUUAUAUGCAAUGCUGUUGAUGUCGCAGUAUGCGGUUAUAAUGGACGUUGUUAUCGGGAAUUUGAAAGUCAAUGUGAAUUGAGUACUUAUAACUGUUUGAAUACUCAAAAAGCUUUCUAUGUUGUGGAUGGUUCAAAUUGUCAAGACAUCAGUUAUCCUACAUGUUAUCCAGGAGAUAUAUAAAGCAGCUGGGAAGAUGAUAUAGUGAAAACCGAAUCAAAUUUAAUAAAGUAACUUUAAAGUCGAAUAUUUCAAUAUAAA